GAUUAAAUAUUCCGUUGCUGUCAAUAUGGUGUUUGCAUGACACAACCUUUAUUUUUACUAAUUCUUAUAAUCGAUAAGGAUGGUUAGUAUUUUAUUCCAACUAUACAUCAUAUAAUUAUUCCAAAUUCUAUUUUAAUUAGUAGGAUGACUUAGGGGUAAUUCCCACCUCUAAUUUUCUAUUACUAUAUAAUCAUCCCCUGGCCCCGCCCCAAAAUAUUCAAACGUUCCCAAAAACCACCGUUCGUCAGAGUCGAAGAGAAGGUGCCGCCACCAGGAAUGAAUUCCCCACCACCGUCUGCCGCCGAGGCCGGGUUUUCCACCUUGCAUCCCGACGUCAUCGAGUCCCACAUCCUCACCCGUUUGGAUGGGCCAGCUCUGGCAUCCGCUGCCUGCUGUUCCACCACUUUCCACCGUGGCUCCUCCCAGGACCACCUGUGGUCCAGCAUAUGCCACUCAACUUGGCCGUCCACCGCCUCUCCUUCCGUCAGCCAAGUCGUUUCCACGUUCCCUGACGGCGGCCCUCGGGCCUUUUUCUCACACGCUUUCCCUCUCGUGGAAGAAGCAAGCACUCUCGUCCCCUCAUCCUCAGCUCCACCGACAGAACUGCUCUCAGCCGUCGAUAUACACCAUCGGGGCCAGCUAAUCUUCACAAAAUUGCAAAAAACCGAGACCGAUAAGGAGUGGUUCCGCCGCUUGCCCUUCCGGAUUGACUUGCUGGAACCCAAGGACGUGGUCCCCACCCCGAUCAAGUACCCAGUGGGAGACGGAGCGUGCGCGGAGAUUCUCGAAGGCAUGACCCUGAGUUGGAUCUUAAUCGACCCAAUCGGACGGCGGGCAGCGAACCUCUCAUCCCACGAGCCCGUCACGGUGCAACGCCGCUGGCUCACCGGAGAAGUACAAGCGCGGUUUGCUACGAUCCUGGCGGCCGAUCAAGGUCACGUGCAGUGUGGGAUAGUGGUCACGUGGGGAAGGUCCGAGGGCGGGGUGAGGGAAGUGAGCCUGGAAAUGGAGGACAUGGAUGGAAAGCAUUUGAACGGGAAGGAUAGUCUGGUGAUUUUGCAAGGGGCAAUGGAGGGCAAAAAGGGAACAGGGAAGAAGAGGGUGGAAGAGGGGCUGCGAAGGUACAGAGAGUAUGCGGAGAUGAAGAGAGAGAGAGGAGAGAGAAAGUUGAUGAGAGAGAGAGCGCUGGAUUUGGCGUUUAUGGCUUUUGGGAUAUUCAUCAAUGCUGCUUUUUGGUGUUAUGUUUUUUUGUAGAUAAAAAUGCAAAAUCGAAGAAGAAAAUUUAGGAAUUAUAUUUUUUUUCUUGUUAAUAGUAAAUUUCUACCUAUGUAUU